AUGAAAAUCACCCCUUUCGUCCUCCUGGGUUUAAACUCACUUCUCCCCUUAACAAACGCGUGGGGAACAUUAGGUCAUCAAACCGUAGCAUAUGUCGCUACGAAUUUUGUAGCGGAGAGCACGAGAGAUUAUUUUCAGAUGUUGUUGAGGAAUGAUACGGGGAGUUAUUUGGCGGGUGUCGCGACGUGGGCGGAUAGUUAUAGGUUAGCUGCACUGUUGAGGCUCUUUCAAAGAUUUUUUAAUACUGAGAUCAAUGCAGCUUGUGGAGUUAAGUUUGCUAGAGAUUGUGGGGAGGAGGGAUGUGUGGUGGGAGCUAUUUUGAAUUUUACGAGUCAAUUACUGGACCCAAACGUGUCUAGAUAUCACAAAUACAUUGCUGCAAAGUUUGUCGGAGAUAUCCACCAACCUCUUCACGCCGAGAACAUCAACAUAGGAGGUAAUACUAUCAAAGUAACCUUCAACGGCAAAGAAACCAAUCUGCAUUCUUUCUGGGAUACUGCCAUUCCCGAGGAACUAGUCGGAGGAUACUCCAUGGCCGAUGCCCAAGAAUGGGCAAACGUGCUAACCACCGCCAUAAAAACCGGCAUAUAUAAAUCUCAAGCGAAAUCAUGGCUUGAAGAUAUGAAUAUAGGUGAUCCAUUGACCACAGCGCUCGGUUGGGCUAAAGAUUCUAAUGCCUUUAUCUGUACGACGGUUAUACCGGAUGGAGCAGAGGUGUUGCAGGGGAAGGAAUUAAGUGGUGAAUAUUACGAGAGUGGUAUACCGGUUGUGGAACUACAGGUUGCGAGGGCGGGAUAUAGGCUUGCAGCGUGGUUAGAUAUGAUUGUUCGUGGUAUUAAGACGGAGUUGUAG